AUGGCUACUAGAGUCACAGCUUGUGAGAGCAGGCAAGGGGAGACCUCCGAGGUUACGACUUUGAGAGCCGAGGUAGCUGACUUAAGGAAGGACGUAGACUAUCUAAAGUCUACUGACUUCACUUCAUUGUUGGAGGUAGUAGAUGAUAUGGAUGACCCUGAGACUUCAGAGAUUCCUCCAGUUACCACCGGAGAUGUGCAUAGGGUUGAGGCAGAAGUUGAUGAGUUGGAUGUUGGGACCGACACGGAGCAAAGAGAGAUACAUGAGAAGAGCAUAUACAUAGACUUGCCAAAUCUUGAGGACAAGAUUAUGUAG